AUGUCAACCGACAAGAACCCAAAGCAGUCACUGGUGGCGUCGUUCAUGCAGUUCCUCAAUGAACAACUGGGAAACAACGAGUUGACGGACGACGCAAAGGAGAGCAUCGAAGUUGCAAUUCAGUGUCUGGAGACCGCCUUCAACAUCAAUCCUGUUGACGGGUCAUUGCCUUCAAAGAAGCCACUUCUUGACAUCUUUGCAUCUUAUUUGGAGAACAACAAGGAGGCGGAAAGUGCUAAAGUUGUUGUGAUUUCCGAUGAAGACAAAGCAAAGGCUGAUGUUUUAAAAAAUGAAGGCAAUGAACUGAUGAAAAAUGGCAAGUUCACCGAAGCACUUGAAACGUACUCUAAGGCCAUUCAAAUUGACGGAACUAAUCCAAUAUACUACUGCAAUCGAGCUGCUGCUCAUAGCAAGCUGGAAAACUAUCAAGCCACUUUGGAAGACUGCAAGAUUGCCAUCAAGCAUGAUCCCAACUACAGUAAAGCUUACUGCAGAAUGGGCCUUGCUUACGUAAACUUGGGCGACCACAUGCGCGCUCGAGACUGCUACAAGAAAGCGGUCGAACUGGAUCCUAGCGAAAGUAAUGCUAAAAACUUGGAGCUGGCCGAACAGAAGAUUCAGGAAGAGCAAGCUCAAUUCAGCUCGGGUUUCAAUCUGGGCAACAUUCUCAACAACCCAAACUUGAUGAACUUUGCCUCUCAGAUGAUGACCGAUCCUAAUAUGCGCAACAUGCUAUCUGGUUUAAUGAGCAACGCCAUGGCUGGACAAGGUGGGGAACAAGGCGAGGGCGGUGCCGGUGGUCCUGGUGCCGGCGGUGGCCUCGAUGCAUUUUUGCAAGCUGGGCAACAAUUCGCUCAACAAAUGCAAGAGGCCAACCCUGAGCUGGUGGAACAGCUCAAGAGUGCGUUCAAAAAGCCUGGAGAUGGUGGCCAGGAUGAGAAUCCUGAUAAGGGUGGACAGAGUUAA